GGCGAGGAGGAGACGCUCAGGACACCAGGACUCGGCUCCCAGGCACCGGGGGACACGGCCAGGGACAGGAGAGGGGUGUCCUCACCCCCUCCCCACUCCCCAAACCCGGCCCUGGGGCACCACAGGCACCUGCAGAGAGCAUCCAUGGCUGUGACCCCCACACUCCGACUGGCUCUGCUGGGUCCCCUGCUGCUGGUGCUGUGCCUGGCGGCGCUGGCAGCGGGGGACACGCGUGUGGUGGGUGGCCGGGCGUGUGAGCCGCACUCCCAGCCCUGGCAGGCGGCUGUGCUGGAUAUGAACAAGCUGUACUGUGGAGGGGUGCUGGUGGCACGCCAGUGGGUGGUCACCGCGGCUCACUGCACCACGCCGGGGAUCACCUCCAUCCACCUGGGCAAGCACAACCUCUACGCCAGGGAGUGGGGGCAGAUGCAGAAGAUGGUGCAGAAGUUCGUGCCCCACCCUGACUACAACCCCACCACCAAGGACAACGACAUCAUGCUGAUGAAGCUCCUGGCCCCCGUGGCCCUCAGCUCCAGGAUCCAGCCCAUCCCCGUGGCCUCCUGCCUCCCCGAGCCUGGUACCACCUGCAUCACCUCGGGAUGGGGGGCCACCACCUCCCCAGAAGUCUCUUACCCAGACGUCUUGCAGUGUGUCAACGUCACCCUCUUCUCCACGGCCGAGUGCCAGAGCUUCUACCCCGGCUCCAUCACCGACAACAUGUUGUGUGCUGGCAGCCUGGAAGGGGGUAUGGACUCCUGUCAGGGUGACUCUGGAGGACCUUUGAUUUGCAACCAGGCCCUCCAAGGUAUCGUGUCCUGGGGCAUGGAGAUAUGUGGGCAGCCCAAGAGACCUGGUGUGUACACCAAGGUCUGCAGAUAUGCCCAGUGGAUCCAGAAGAUCAUGAAGGACAACCAAUGAUGCUCCAGCAACCUCCUCUGGGGGGGGAAGGUCAGAGGAUCAUGUCUGAGCUGCCACCCACCCCAUGCUGGGGCAGGACACAGAGGACAACA